UUCUGGAUUCUUGUUGAUUACCAGAAGUGAGCGCAGCAGUAAUCUCCUCCCACAACUGAGGCUUCUUAUUAAUACUUAGAGGAGCAAACAGAAAGCAGAGAAGAGAAGAAGAGACCAGAUCAGAAAUCUGAGACAUUGCAAUCCCUGGUUCCUAUUAUCCCCACUCUUAAGAAGUCUGAGCCAUGUUUCAGCUCGUGCUGAUCUUAGGGCUCUGCACUCUCAGUGCUUGUCUUCCUCGUCAGUAUCAGUUUGUGAAUGAAAGUAAAACCUGGGCUGAAGCUCAGAGUUACUGCAGAGAACAUUAUGUUGAUUUAGCCAGCAUUGAUAACAGUGAAGAAACACGGGAGAUUAAAAACUUAGUGGACAUCAGGAACAGCAGAUCAACCUGGAUUGGACUGUAUGAUGAUGUGAACAGCUGGAGAUGGUCUCUGGAUGAUGAUCACUUCUACAAGGAGAAUGAGAGAAACUUCAGGAACUGGUAUAUAGAGAAACCUCAGAACCGGGGUGGAAACUCUCACUGUGUGUACUUUUCAAGUUAUACUUCAUCAUGGUGGACUGACUCUUGUUCUUCCACACUUCCAUUCAUAUGCUAUGAUGGAAGAGCGAAUGCCACUGCAAAAUAUGUUUUAGUUAAUCAGUACCAGAACUGGACUGAAGCUCAGAGAUACUGCAGAGAACAUCACACAGAUCUGACCAGUGUGAGGAACGAAACUGAGAACCAGAAGUUGAGAUUAUUAUCUUAUUAUGGUUACGCUGCAUGGAUCGGCCUGUACAGAACCAGGUCCUGGUCAGAUAAGAGCAACUCUUCUUUCAGCUACUGGAAAGCAGGACAACCAGAUAAUGCUGGACAGAGUGAAUACUGUACAGCUGUGUCAUUCAAUCACUCUGGACAAUGGACAGAUGAAAACUGUGGUCGCACUCUGCCUUUUCUCUGCUAUAAUGCAAUGUCAUCAACAUAUCGUCAGUAUUACUUUGUUAAUGAGAGUAAGAGCUGGACUGAAGCUCAGAGAUACUGCAGAGAGAAUUACACUGACCUGGCCACCAUUGAUAACAUGGAGGAAAUGAACAGACUCAUUAACACAGUAAAUGGCAGCUACUCUGGUUUAGCCUGGAUUGGACUGUAUGAUGAUCUGGACAGCUGGAGAUGGUCUCUGGAUAAUGACAGUUUCUAUAAGGAGGGAGAGAGAGAUUUCAGAGGGUGGUACCAUGAACCAGAUAACUACAAUGGGAGGGAGCUGUGUGUUUACAUGUCUUCAACAGGGGAAUGGUUUGAUACUGCCUGUACUUAUUCACAGACAUUUGUUUGCUAUAACAGCCAAAAUAGAACUGACAACUACAUCUGGAUAAGUCAGUACAAGACAUGGGCAGAAGCUCAGCGUUACUGCAGACAGUUUUACACAGACCUGGCCAGUGUGAGGAACUUAACUGAGAAUCAGAGAAUUGUCAACAUUACAGGUGGCUCUGGUGUUUGGAUUGGUCUCUACAGGACCAGACUCUGGUCAGACCAGCACAGUUCUACAUAUGAAAACUGGAGACCAUAUAUCUCUUACAGUCCCGAAGAACCAGACAAUGGUUUAUAUGUUUUUGGACAGUUUGGUGAUCAGCACUGCACUGCUGUAUCAUUCAGUGAUUUAGGCCUGUGGACAGAUGAGAACUGCUUAGCCACGCUUCCCUUUGUCUGCUACAGCAAGUUGUGCACAGGGCUCUCAUGUGUCCCUCAUCAGUAUCACUUUGUUAAUGAGAGUAAGAGCUGGACUGAAGCUCAGAGAUACUGCAGAGAGAAUUACAUUGACCUGGCCACCAUUGAUAACAUGGAGGAAAUGAACAGACUCAUUAACACAGUAAAUGGCAGCUACUCUGGUUUAGCCUGGAUUGGACUGUAUGAUGAUCUGGACAGCUGGAGAUGGUCUCUGGAUGAUAAGAGUUUCUACAAGGAGAAUGUGACAAACUUCAGAAACUGGUAUAUACAGAAACCUGUUAACUGGGGAGGAAACCACAUGUGUGCAGUGUUUUCACAAUUUUACGCCACAUGGUGGGAAAGCUUUUGCUCUGAUACAUACCCCGUUAUUUGCUAUGAUGGAAGAGUGAAUGCCACUGCAAGAUAUGUUUUUGUUAAUCAAUACAUGAACUGGACUGAAGCUCAGAGAUACUGCAGAGAACACUACACAGAUCUGACCAGUGUGAGGAACGAAACUGAGAACAAGAAGUUAAGAUCAUUGGUAAAUUAUUAUUAUAAUUACGCUGCAUGGAUCGGUCUGUACAGGAGCAGGUCCUGGUCAGAUAAGAGCAACUCUUCUUUCAGCUACUGGAAAGCAGGACAACCAGAUAAUGCUGGACAGAGUGAAUACUGUACAGCUGUGUCAUUCAAUGACUCUGGACGAUGGACAGAUGAAAACUGUGGUCGCACUUUUCCUUUUCUUUGCUACAGUGCAGUACCAUCUCGUCAGUAUCACUUUGUUAAUGAGACUAAGAGCUGGACUGAAGCUCAGAGAUACUGCAGAGAGAAUUACACUGACCUGGCCACCAUUGAUAACAUGGAGGAAAUGAACAGACUCAUUAACACAGUAAAUGGCAGCUACUCUGGUUUAGCCUGGAUUGGACUGUAUGAUGAUCUGGACAGCUGGAGAUGGUCUCUGGAUGAUGAGAGCUUCUACAAGGAGGGAGAGAGAGAUUUCAGAGGGUGGUACCAUCAACCAGAUAACUACUAUGGGAAAGAGCUGUGUGUUUACAUGUCUUCAAGAGGGGAAUGGUUUGAUACUCCCUGUACUGAUAUACGAGGAUUUGUAUGCUAUAACAGUAAUAACAGCACAUAUGUGUGGGUUUCUGAAGGAAAGACUUGGGCAGAAGCUCAGAGUUACUGUAGAAACAAUUACACAGACCUGGCCAGUGUGAGGAACCAGACUGAGCUGCAGCAAAUAAUCAGAAUUUCAAAUGGCAAUGCAGUUUGGAUUGGUCUGUAUAGAAACCGACGGUGGUCAGAUCAGAGCAACUCCACUUUCACUUAUUGGAGACCAGAGAUCCAGUAUGCAACCCAGGAACCUGAUAAUGGUGUGUACUCUGGACAAAAUGGAAAUCAACACUGUACAGCUGUGGAUUAUUCAGGCUACUGGACAGAUGAAGACUGCUUUGCCAGUUUCCCAUUCCUCUGCUACAGUGGUCAUGUUAUGGGACUGAGAGUGCAAGUUGAAGAUGAGAAGAGUCGCUCUGGAUCUCAGAUUGAAGGACUGGUUUUAAUGCAGCUUCAAGAUGAGCUCAUCAGGUUGGGACUUCCCAGCAACUUCACUCUGAAAGUGAGAAACAUCCGUAAGACCACUCCCUGAUGGAGACAGCACGUCUUUGUUCUUCACCAGUACCUGGGAUUAGUUGUUCUUCUUUAGUAGUUAGUAAACAAUAGUUUCCAGAAUGAUUGAAUGAUGUUUUAAUAAUAUAUAUUAAUCAGACAUAUCUGUAUAACCAUUGUAUAACUGUAAUUCUUAUAGAAAAUUCACUGUAUUUGGUUUAUUGGGAGGUUUAACUAACCAAUGAUUAAGGGCUACUCUUUUCAGCAACUGCUUAAUGAAUGAAUCUAA